GCAGACGACUGAAAAUCUGAAGUUUUAUGCCAUCUCGUCCCGAUUUAAACCAUUCAGCAACAAAGGGCGGCCUUUGGUGAUUCAGUACACAGUCAAGCAUGAACAAAAGAUGGACUGUGGGGGUGGAUAUGUCAAGAUCUUCCCCUCAAGUUUGGACCAGAAGAAUAUGAGUGGAGAGUCCUUCUACUACGUCAUGUUUGGCCCAGAUAUAUGCAGCUCUGAUAUAAGGAAAGUCCAUGUCAUUUUAAGCCACAAAGGCAAGCUUUACUCCAAUAAGAGAGAGAUUCGCUGCAAAGUGGAUGGGUUCACACACUUGUACACACUGAUUCUGAGACCAAACCAUACGUACGAAGUGAAGAUCGAUAAUGAAAUGGUUGCCUCGGGCAUCUUGGAAGAGGACUGGGAUUUUUUGCCACCCAGGACAAUAAAUGACCCUAGGAUGAAAAAACCAGAGAACUGGGACGAUGAAGCUGAGAUGGACGAUCCAGAAGACACAAAGCCUGAGGACUGGGACAUUUCUGAAUUCCUGGUGGACACAAGUGCCGAGAGGCCCCCCGACUGGAACGAGGAGAGUCAAGGCGCCUGGCAGCCCCCGCUGCUCCGGAACCCCCUCUACCGAGGGGAGUGGCAGCCCCGGAGGAUCCCCAACCCCAACUACCGAGGCGUCUGGCCCCAUCCUCAGAUUAUGAACCCAGAAUACGUGCCGGAUGCAAGCAUUUCUGUCUACAAGGACAUCGGGGUGAUCGGCCUGGACCUUUGGCAGGUGAGAUCUGGGACCAUUUUUGACAACUUCUUGAUCACGGAUGAUGAGGAAUAUGCCGAGGAGUUUGGGGAUGAGACUUGGGGGGAGACGAAGGACCCCGAACAAGAGAUGAAUAGGCAGCAAAUUGAGGAGGAGACGAAAAGAGAACGGUGGAAGGAGGCCAACAAGAUGCUCAAAAAGGGGAAAAAGAAGGAGAAGAGGAAGAAGAAGAAGAAGGAAAAGGAAGAGAAAGUGGAAGUGGCCCCGGAGGCCCAGAAAGAGGAACUCUGAACUUCCCCCAGAAAUGAACCAGAAAGAACU